CCUGAUGAGUCGGUGCCACCCAGUGUGAAGUCUCUGUGCAGAUGCCACCCAGCCACACGCCAUGGCAAAGAUCCGAGUGGCUUACGAGUACUCAGAAGCCGAAGACAAAAGCAUCCGCUUGGGAUUAUUUCUCAUCAUCUCCGGUGUGAUCUCUCUCUUUAUCCUGGGCUUCUGCUGGCUGCACCCGGCUCUGCUGGAGAUGCAGGGCAAAACCGCCAACUGCACGGUGCUGUCUGUGCAGCAGAUCGGGGAGACGUUUGAGUGCACCUUCAGCUGCGGGAGUGAGUGUAAGGGCACCUCUCUGUACCCCUGCCUGCAGAUCUAUGUCAAUAACUCCGAGUCCAAUUCGCGGGCUCUGCUUCACCAAGACGAGCGGCAGCUCAUCAGCAAUCCCAAGUGUUCCUAUAUUCCGCCCUGCGAAAGAGAAAACCAGAAGAACUCUGAAAACGUUCUCAGCUGGCAAGAAUACUGGAAUAACGAAAUUGGAUUUCAAACCUUUACUUGCUAUUUUAAUAAGCACAGAAGGCCAGAAGAUGUGCUUCUGAGAAGAACUCAUGAUGAAAGUGUUCUCCUGCACUGCUUUCUGUGGCCACUAGUUACUUUUAUGGUGGGUGUGCUAAUUGUAGUUCUCACCAUCUGUGCAAAAUGCCUUGCUGUGAAAGCGGAAGCUAUUCAGAAGAGAAAGUUUUCAUAAAAGAAAUAAGACUGAUAAAGCAGCUUUACAAGCCAAUACCCAGUAAUACUUAUAGUCCUCUUCUUGCCUUUCCAUCACUAUUUUAAUGUACUUGGAUCUCUGAGGAUGAAGAAUGCAUUAAUUAUCAUAUUCACAGACUCUGUGACUGUGAUUUUCCUUGGGAAGGCUGCCCAGAGAAGGUCAGAGGAAGAUAUCUAACGAGAUAUAUAGAGACUUAUAUUUGGCAGAGUGUAUAGGAAACGGAGAAAGUUACAUUUCACCUUGAUGAUAACAUAGUUUUUUAGUUGGUAUAUGAAAUAUCAAGAUUUCAGUUUAUUUUGUAUCACCUAUUUCUGAGCUAUUAAAAUGUGCUUUUUUUA